CGGAUGUGUCCGGCCUGUUGUCGUCAACUUUCGACAAUGACCACGCCCCGCUUUCUUCCGUCAUCGCCUCCGGGCCAAGCGAGGCCGGAGCUCUACACAACAUUGAUCUCCUCUUCGCCUGAUUUACCUUCGAUUAACGAGCUGGUCUCCCGUUAUGCAAAGAAGCCAAAGCCGCUUCGAUCUGGUAGCAACGCUGCCUCGGUACCCGCAACCGCGACGGCAACUUUCACCACUGCAGCCAAGCUGCUCCAGUCAGCGCAAGUAGAAGAAGCAGAACAAGCCGAUGUAGUUGAAACCCUGCCUCCCCCGAGGGCAAGAGCAAAAGCAAAGCCGAAACAAAAAGAUCCACCUGAGGUUGUUGAUCUCUCGCCAGAUCCUUCGGUCAAUGUACCAGAACCUCAGCCCAACAGGCGCAAGGCUCGGGAGACUGCAAAUGCGGCGACCAAGAAAACAAGCGGGAGACGAGAGGAGUCGGUUGCCGAGGAUGCUACGAAUGAAGUCACAACGCCAACAAAGGUUCAAGCCCGGAAAGUUUUCAAAUCGCCUUCACCAAGAACAACUGCCAAUUUGGAGUUUACUAGCGUUGAAGAAGUGGCCGCCACAACUGCACCUGUGACAACAAGCACGACGGAGUUGGCAAAGGGCACAGCUUCCGCUCAAAACAAAGUGAAGAAGCCAAGAGUACGGAAAACGUCAACAGCAGCCUCUCGGAAAAAGAAAGCCGAGACUGUAAGUAAGCACUUUUCUGUACCCGAUGACGCACCAACUUGUCCGGAACCCAUUACAGUCCCCGACGAUUCUUCCGAGGAGCAGGUGUUCAACCUGGAGCCGGCAGUCGCGAGGCGGUUAGAUUGGACACCUCCACGCGAAACAAAGACGGGGGAUCUUUGCCCUGACUCAGCCAACGCCAAGGAAGUGAGCUCGACCUUGGACAACACGCUUUCCUCGGCUCCAGCGGCUAUCCAGGACGUUUUCCUUACACUACAAGACAAAUUUGCCUUUCCUGUAGAAGAGGUCACAAGACGAACAAAUUUGCCCGGCCAAGAAUUGGCUCCGCCGCUAGAAGUAAUCAAGAAACGCAAAGUGAUACAACUUGUUGGGCCUCCGAACGAUAGUGUAAUCCCGAAUCAAACAUCCCCAGUCAAGUCAAAGGCGCCGAAAAAGAAACCAAGGACCAUCACAGAUCUUGCCACAGCAGCAUAUACAACUGAGGGCAAAGAUUCAAAUGUUCCAUCCAAGAAAGGGUCUAUUAAAACCUAUCUUGAGGGACAAGGCGAACAAGUUUUCCAACAUUGUCACCCGGAUUCCAGGUUACGAAAGCCGGAAAGAAAAAGAAAGCCAAAAGGGCGUGGUCAGGUGCUCUUAUCUCCUUUGUCCGCAAUUGACCAAUCCGCACGGCAAGACUUUGUCUUUGGGACUUCCAGUCAAUUGGCACAAGAGCAGUCGCCGACUUUUCUGAGGGAUCUCCACGCUGCACUCAAGCAGUCCAAUGACUUCAGCGACGAUCCCUUUGCUAGUCCCAUAAUAGCAGCACCAGAGGGCCGGAAACUGUGGACCGCGGGAGCUCGUGGUGAAGAGGGCGAUCUUAUGAACAUUGAAGUCAUUGAUCUAGUCGACUCUCCCGCCUUCCCGGAUGAUCCUGAUGCUAUAGUUCGUGCAGACAUGCAGAAAAGCCCCAGCAGGUCUGAACCUAAGGGUGACAAGAACAGACGAAUUUCAAUGGUCAAUCUCGAUUCCUCCGAAAUUGAGAUUUUAGAACCACAUGCUUCGGAUUUGGAAUCAGCUAACUUAACUGGACACACAUCUAAAACCCAGACCUCAAAAUUUAGACAUUUUGCGUCUGCAACACCACCCAGGUCUGCUAAAAUUACAAUGGCUCCAAUAAGUGAAAGUACUUCGGAACCCCCUGUAACUCCCUCAGAUGACGAUCCGGACAACGAACCUCCUCCGAGUAAUCAGCAGGCUUAUCAGAUGCCCCCACCGCCUAGACCGGUCGUACCGGAGGACACUGCUAUCCUUCGGCCUAACUACGAGGUUAUGACAGAUACUCAAUUGUCAAAGCAGGUUUCCAAUUACGGAUUCAAGUCGGUCAAGAAGCGAUCUGCCAUGAUCGCGUUGCUCAAUCAAUGCUGGGAAAGCAAAGCCGGGGCAACGGCUGCAGCAGGCCAAUCUAGUGCAUAUGCCAUUACGAGCCGAACAUCUGCCCCUACGAGCCGAACAUCUGCCCCUCGCGGGCCUCGUGGGAAGACGAGUACUGCUGCAGCUGCGGCCAAGUCGUCACCCAAAAGGCCUAGAGGCCGGCCGAGAAAGAACAGCGCCGGAGCCUCUGUAGACGUAGCAUCAGUUGAAGCCGCGAUACCAGUCAAAAGGCCCCCCGGCAGGCCCAAAAAGAACGUACAAGGGGAGUCUAGUCCCAAUAUAGUGCAGAAUAUCUCAGCAUCAAUGCCACCCACGGCGGUUGCAGCUGUGCAAACGCCUCGGCGUCGCAAAAAGGCGGCAACGCAACAGACGGUCGAGAUUUUGGAUUCGGAUGAUGAGGCUAGGCUUUCUCCCAGUCCAUCGUUGUCCCCGGAUCCAGUUUUUUCUUCCCCCGACAAGGAAAAUGUCGACGUUUCGAUAGGAGAAGACACAAUAAUGUCGCUGGCGGCUCACCCUACCGCCCAACAGGCCGAGCUGUUCACAUGCAUCACACGUGCGGUGAAGAGCGCACCACGUUCGACUGAUCCUGAUAAACCAUCGUGGCACGAAAAGAUGCUCAUGUAUGACCCAAUUGUUUUGGAGGAUCUGGCUGCUUGGCUAAAUGCUGGUCAAUUGGACCGCGUAGGCUAUGAUGGCGAGGUCGCACCUACUGAUGUCAAGAUGUGGUGCGAAAGCAAGAGUGUCUGUUGUUUGUGGCGCAUGAGUUAUCGUGGAAAGGAGAGAAAACGACUAUGACGAAGUUGACGUAGCGAAUUCAAGAUUAUUUCCCUUCCAGGGGUGUACCAUGGCGGCCAGGCUUGCUAUUAUAAAGGGUUGCUAUUAUAACAUGUUAGAAUAAGGGUCACUUCCUCGAACCGUCUGACUUUUGUUACAUUUCUUUUCUUUGGCCAUUAACCUUUUGGAAAUGUCAACUAUCGUGUCACUUGCCAUGCUAGACCCGCAGGCUAGCUCCAACAAGCCUCGGCUACUAGAUGUCACAGCUUCUUCCCCUCACAAGAUCAUCCCUUCACUUAGCUACCAACAAGGUGGGAAGCCGAGGAUCAAAAGUCGACUAGAGCCGUUUAUGCGAUCAAAUGUCAACUAUAGGUAUUUAUGCAAUGAAUACGAUGCAAUGCGACUUGGAUUCGGCUUCUAUCAUUGCUACAGUACAAUGGGUCAAGGCAAGAAGGCGGCCCGCAACGGGCCUGCACCAGCCAAGCCAAGCUCAAGUAUUGUCCUGAUUUCACCUCAAAACGAAGUGUUACUGCUCAGGCGGACAGCAACAUCAAGUGCCUUUCCAGACGCAUAUGUUUUCCCCGGCGGCAAUCUAUCCAAAUUCCAUGAGCCAGGGACUACCACAGAAAUGGAAGGGGAUUGCCCUGAAUUUCGCAUGGCUGCCAUCCGCGAAACAUUUGAGGAAAGCGGAAUCCUUCUAGCAGUGGACGCCGCAAAUCAAAAGCAGCUCCUUGACUUAUCAGAUACGGACAGGAACCUCGGCAGAAAAAAGGUGCAUAGCAACGAAAUUAAGUUUGACGACUGGCUGGCUUCCACGGGCGGCGUUCCGGAUACCGGCAAUUUACUCGCCUGCACCCGCUGGAUCACGCCCACGCUGAUGGCCAGACGCUUCAAUACACAAAUGUACAUCUAUUUGCUGCCGCUGGAGGCCAAGGCCGACUCGGUCAAGCAUGUGCCGACCUCGGACGGCGGCGUCGAACAUACCGAGGCGGUGUUUGCCCCACCGCGCGAGUGGCUGCGGCGGGUGCGCCUCGGCGAGAUUGUGCUGUUCCCGCCGCAGAUCUACCUGCUGUCGUUGGUGGCCGAUCACCUGCAGCCCGAACCCGACGCCGGGCCAAGAGACCUGUUGGCGGCGCGGGAGUCGCUCGUGUCCUACCUUAAAACUACACCCGAGGACGGCGUGCCCUGGGCAGACAAGGUCAUCACGCCCGAGGUCACGGCGCUUUCCGACGAUGUGGAUUCCGAGUCUGCGGUGGUUUGGAGGGGCAAGGUGGUACUCAGCCUGGCGAAACCAAAAGGUGUCACGGACAAGUUUGUAUUGGUGGAUUUCCAGAGAGGAGGGCCGAUGCAUGGAGAGGUGGCUACGCGAGAUGAGGUGCUAAGGCGGCCAGCGAUAAAGGAGAAGCUUUAG